AUGAAUAUGGAUCCUGAAGCUUCAGAAACCAUAAAACCAGAUGGGACCCCUUCUCCCAACCUCUACGAAAGCGACGGCGAGGAACUCCUUUUGUACCAUAAAAGCGAGAGCGAAUUGGUUCCUCUAAUAGAAGGAAGCAAUUGGGCGGAAGUUCUCGCUGAAAAAUUCAGGGAGCACUCAAAGCGUACAUCCAAUUUCUACCUGAAUUCCAUUGUCGUGCUUCUCCAAUUUUUCGUCCUUGUGUUCAUCUACGUCGCUCCCCAACCAGGGACCAUGCGACCGAGUCCUUCUCGGUCGGACACUCAGUACUCCAGCAAUUACAACUUCCCUAAAGUUAUCUAUGUGGAGGCCUUCACCUUCCGUAUGGGCUUUGAACCACAUAAUGUGCGUCAAACCGAGGGAAACCGAAUGUACUCGAACCUGACAGCGGAGACCGAGAACUGGCUCAACCGGCUACCACCAGUUCCACCGAUGAACAGGACAGUCAAAGUCUUCAUCUAUGGCCUCGGAAGAAGCGGAACGUCCAUCGUCUCCCGAAUUUUGUCCUCCCACCCAUCCGCCAUAUACUUUCACGAACCAUUUCUCCCUAAAAUCAAGUUAUCUGGUGUUCAAUUUGUAUACCCGAAGUUAGACAUCUACGAACAGCUUUACAACUGUAACUUUAGCGGGAUCAUCCCCGAUCUUCCCAUGUAUCAUUGGAAGAACUCGGUCCCGUUCUCGAUUUGGCCUUACGUGGAAUUCCUCUUCGGCAUGAAACUCGCUCCCACGGUCACUCCUGUGGUGUUUUCGAGACUGGUGAGGAACGAAGCGUUCAUGAAGAGACACUGUUCCAGGUAUCCCAUCAGAGUAAUCAAGGAACCGGAUCGAAUGCCAGUACAUUAG